AUGACUUGGUCAGCGCCUAUCCGGGCCAAAUGUCUUCGCAAACCGUUUGGAGAUCCUUGGAAUGGGACGCACCAAGGGGUAUUCUGCCCUAAUCAACCGUUACCUGAUGUUUUCUCAAGGCUUUGGUUCAUUAUCAGCCAUUCGUUGGAUCAAGACAUUUGGUUGAGCAGUCAAGCGCAAAGUGUUUCGCUUUACAAGGUAUGA